UUUCUUGCAGGAUUCCAAAUUGAAAACAAACAAUCUGGAUUAUUUCAUCCCAUGAACAAUCCUUCAACAUGCCUCUUUUCCAACAGUUUCUCCAGCAGUACUCAUGCCUAUUUUCAAAGUUCUCCGCCAGUUUUCAGGAUGUCAGAGUUCAUUUCAUUUAUAUUUCAAUUCCUUUGAUAUAUCCGGAGCAUGUUCCAUAUGAUCAUUAUACUUUAUAAUUCUUCUGAAAACUUUUUCUUCAUAUCUUAUGAUGCAUCACUUGUAGAAUGGUGCUUGUAUAUUACUAUUAAUUUCUUCCUAUUUUAUAUCUCAGAUGAGUAGUGAAAUUUCAUGCUUUCUCACUCUUCUAUUUUUCUUCUAUUUCUGUUUUUGCUGAAUGUUUUCAGCAAAAAAAUUCAAGUCAACUUUGAAUGGGUUAUUGUAAAUUCUUAUUUCAUUCUUUCUAUAUUUGCUUCCAUACAGACUCAUGGAAGGGGGAAAUCAGUCUGCAAUCUCAGGGUUCAUCCUUCUGGGCCUUUCAGACCAGCCAGAACAACAGAGGGUCCUGUUCUUCCUGUUCCUCCUUAUGUACCUGGUCACAGGGCUGGGGAACCUGCUCAUUAUUCUGGCUAUUAGCUCUGAUCCCCACCUCCACACCCCCAUGUAUUUCUUCCUCAGUAACUUGUCCCUGAUUGACAUCUGCUUCACCUCUACCACCAUUCCCAAGAUGCUGAAUAAUCACAUAACCAAAAACAGAAUGAUCCCUUAUGCUUGGUACCUGACACAAGUAUUCUUCAAUAUUUGGUUUGCAGGGAUCGAUAGUAUCCUCCUUGCUGCCAUGGCUUAUGACCGUUAUGUCGCUAUCUGUGCCCCUCUACACUAUAGUACAAUCAUGACUUUGAAGGUCUGUGCUCUUCUAGUACUAGUGUCUUGUUCUUGGGCUUUUAUUAAUUCCUUGACAGUCACCGUCUUGCUGACCCGACUCUCCUUCUAUGGCCACAAUGAAAUUCCACAUUUUUUCUGUGACCUCAGUCCCCUUUUGAAGUUGGCCUGCUCAGACACCUUCAUCAAUGACUUGAUGGUCUACACAAUGGGAGCACCAACAGUAUUUUUCCCCUUCAUUGGAAUACUCAUUUCUUAUGGUUAUAUUUUCAUGGCAGUAAUGAAGAUCUCUGGGAGUGGGAAGCAGAAAGUUUUCUCCACCUGUGGAUCCCACCUCACUGUGGUCUGUCUCUUCUAUGGGACAAUCAUUGGGGUAUACUUCAGCCCCACAUCCACCCACGCAGCCCAACAAGAUACAGCAGCAACCGUGAUGUACACUGUAGUCACCCCCAUGCUGAACCCUUUCAUUUACAGCCUAAGGAACCAGGACAUGAAAAGAGCCUCAAGGAUGCUUAUCCCUAGGAAACCGAGAUUUAUCAUAAGACUAUGA